GAGGGGAAGAUUCGCAGUCCGCCAAGUCAGCAACCACACGAGAUUCCCCACGACAACCACCACCACUCAGAUCAGAGCAAUGCCAUCCGCGGCGGCGGCGGCGCCAGCGCCCAGGGCCGCAAUCUCGCACGUCAUCUUCGACAUGGACGGCCUCCUCCUCGACACGGAGGGGUUCUACACGGCGGUGCAGGAGAAGAUCCUGGAGAGGUACGGCAAGGUGUUCGACUGGUCCGUCAAGGCCAGGAUGAUGGGCAAGACGACGGCCGAGUCCACGCGCAUCUUGUUCGAGGAGUGCGGCCUCACCGGCCUGCUCACGCCGGAGGAGUUCCUCGAGGAGCGCGAGACCAUGCUCAAGGAGCUCUUGCCCACCUCCGUUGCCAUGCCAGGUGUCCUACGCUUGACCCAUCAUCUCCAUACUAAUGGAAUACCAAUAGCUGUUGCAACAGGAACCCAUAAACAUCACUUUGCACUAAAGACUCAAAACCACCAGGAAAUUUUUUCCCUAAUGCAUCAUAUUGUCACGGGGGACGAUCCAGAUGUCAAGGCUGGCAAGCCAUCUCCUGAUAUUUUCCUUGCUGCCGUUAGAAGGUUCGAGUGUGAUGUACGACCCAGUAAUUGCUUGGUUUUCGAAGAUGCACCAUUGGGUGUGGCAGCAGCUAAAACUGCUGGAAUGCAUGUAGUCAUGGUCCCAGAUGCACGGUUGGAUGUAUCGCAUCACAAAGAAGCAGACCAAGUUCUCAGUUCACUACUGGAUUUCAAUCCUAGUGCAUGGGGCUUGCCAGUUUUUAAGGAUUAGAAUUUUCAUAAGAGAUAUGUCAUGCCUCACCACAUAUUUGGUGAGUUGAUGUGGUUGGCAUCCUAAAAUUCAUCUAUGAAUAGUGGCAUAUUUCAAAAGAUUCUAAAGGGGCAAAGAAAACUCGCGUCUAGGCUAGUAGAAGGAUAGGUUGCCUUUACAGGUUUGUUGCUGCUUCAGCAAGGUACAGUAUUUUCAGAUUCAUCAUUCACUGACAUUUUAUUUGUCAAAAACGUGAGAACAGUUCGAGCAUUCUGGCAGCUUAUUUGACAGAAUAUACUGCAUACUCCAUUCUGUAGAAUGGCCCCGUAUCAACAUCUAUUUUGACCUGAAGUUUUACGUUUCCUUUCAAAUGAGAAAAUAUUAGGAAAAUACUAGCAUAGGUUUGUCAAAGCUGGGAAAUGCUCAUUUUGAGUAUGGAGGAGCCUCUAAGAUGCCUAGAUUCGCAUGAAGAUAUGGAUGCAAAUGAUGUGGAUAUUCCAAACUACCCGACUGCCAAAAGAGGGUCAGAUAGUGAUGCAUAGCUUUUUCUACAGAAUUAGAUAUUAUAUUCUCUAGGAUAUUGGAUCCAAAUAUAAGAAAGCAGCUCCAUUGAAUAACAAAUGUCCUAUUUGAUAAUUUGAAUAGUUUUUUCUUUUUUGAAAAAGGUUCCACCCUGCUUUUAUAGAAAGGUUGAAACUUGAUGCAAAGACAUGGUAGUGUAUCUUCCUUGGCUAUGGAUUGGAUGAGUUUGGAUAUAAACUAUUUGAUCCAAUUUCAAAGAAUGUUGUGAGAAGCUGUGAUGUUGUGUUUGUUGAAGAUCAAACAAUUGAGGAUAUUGUUAAGACAAAGGUGUUGGUUCCUCAGCAAGAUCCAUUGGUUGAUUUAUACCCAGCUCAUGCAGCUCCAGCUCCACAACAAGCUGAAGGUGAUGUUGCAGAUGAUUCACAAGAUGAUGUGCAUGGUACAGGUAAUGAAAAUCCUCCCCAGCAGCAUGAGUAUGAUGCUGAAAUUGAUGAUCCGGAUUAGCAGCCACCUGUACCAAAAGAUCCACCAGCAGUUCCACUCAGAAGAUCUAGCAGAGAUCGAGAUCCUUCCACCAGGUACCCCUCAGAUCACUAUGUGGUGUUACUAUCUGAUAGUUCGGAACCUGAGUGUUUUGCAGAUGCAAUGGAAGAUGAGUAUAAAAAGGAGUGAAUGGAGCGUAAGAAGAAAUGGAUUCCUUGCAUAAGAAUUACACAUAUGAGUUGGUGAAAUUGCCUAAGAACAAGAAGGCUUUAAAAAAUAAGUGGGUCUACAUAAUAAAGCAAGAAGAGCACACGCCACAUCCAAGGUACAAGGCCAGGCUUGUUGUGAAAGGAUUCAGCAAAAAGAAAGGUGUUGAUUUUGAUGAAAUUUUUUCUCAUGUGGUGAAAAUGGCAUCAACUAGAGUGAUCCUUGGCUUGGCAGCUAGACUCAACUGGAGGUUGAGCAAAUGGAUGUGAAGACAAAUUUCCUUCACGGUGAUUUAGAGGAAGAGAUUUACAUAAGCAACCUGAGGGGGUUUCUUGUGAAAGGCAAAGAGGAUUGUGUGUGCAAACUAAAAAAGAGUCUCUAUGGCCUGAAACAAGCACCAAGACAAUGAUAUUUGAAAUUUGAUUCAGUUAUGGGGGGAGAAAGGCUACAAGAGGAGUAGCUCAGACCAUUGUGUAUACUUCCAAAGGUACUCAGGUGAUGAUGUUAUCAUCUUUUUGCUCUAUAUUGAUGAUAUCUUGAUUGUUGGCAAGAAUAUUUUAAGGAUUGCAGCGCUGAAGAAACAAUUGAGCAAGUCUUUUGCCAUAAAACACUUGGAGCCAGCAAAGCAAGUUCUCGGGAUGAGAAUUGAAAGAGAUAAAAGUACCAACAAAUUGUGUUUGUCUCAAGAGAAGUAUAUUGAGAAAACACAUUGCAGGUUUAAGAUGGACAAUGCAAAAGUGGUGAGCUGUCCACUUGCGGCUCAUUUCAAGUAAAGCACCAAGCAGGGCUCUUCUACUCAUGAGAAGAAGAAUGAAAUGUAGCAUGCUCCUUAUGCAUUAGCAGUUGGAAGGCUAAUGUAUGCUAUGGUGUGUAUAAGACCUGACAUUGGUCAUGUUGUUAGUACUGUGAGCAGAUUUAUGUCUAAUCUAGGAAGACCACAUUGGGAAGCUGUGAAGUGGAUUUUGAGGUAUCUCCAGGGCAGCACUAAUCUGAAACUUUGUUUUGGGAGUAGUGAGACUGUGUUAUUUGCAUACACAGAUGCAGAUAUGGCCGGUGAUGUUGAUAGUAGGAAGUCUACUUCAGGGAAUUUGAUUACCUAUGCAGGAGGAGCUGUGUCAUGGCAAAGCAAGUUCCAAAAAUGUGUUGCAUUUUCCACAACUAAAGCUGAAUUCAUUGUAGCGACAGAGGCAAGCAAAGAGUUAUUGUGGCUAAACAAGUUUAUUAAUGAACUUGGGUUUGAUCAAAACAAGUAUGUGUUGUUUUGUGACAACCAAAGUGUCAUUCACUUGAGUAAGAAUGCAAGUUUUCACUCAAGGUCAAAGCAUAUUGAUGUGUAUUAUCAUUGGAUUCGUGAUGUGUUGAAUUCAAAGCAAAUGCAACUUGAGAAAGUCCAGACUAAUGACAAUGGGGCUCAUAUAUUGACUAAGGUGGUAACGAAUGAGAAGCUCAAUGUUUGCUGCCAGCUCGCUGGCAUGGCUGCUAGAAGGCAGUGAGAUCCUCCAUGAUGUCGGGAGGGGAGUUUUGUUGGGCUAUCCCUCCACAUGGAGGAUGAUUUGGAGCCCGUCAAACUCAUGAAAACAGCCCACAAGCCCAAUGCUUGUGCACCGUAGAUGUGGUGCUUCAUCCAACAGUUGAGGACAUCUCUAAAGGAAGAAAAAGGCACAAAAGAAACCCUAACUCCUCUCUUGUCAGUGCUGGGAAUCACUUGUGAGAGGAGCAGAACACAUACAACACAACUUGAGAGAAGAGAGGAAGAAGAAGGAGAAGGGGUCUGACCAUAUUUGGUGGCUCCGGGCAGAUCGACUUCAAGCCAGUGAUUGGAGGCUCAAACGUGCUUGGAUUUGCGCCAAACUUGGUGAGCUCGCUCUACACUUAGAGUACUUCAAUCUGGUCAGUCGGUUAAGGUUCGGUUGAGCGGAGCAUCAGAUUUGAGAGGGGUUUUGUCAGUUUGGGUGACUGCUGUCUUAGCACAGAGCAGUUUCGGUAGAUGAGCAGUUUGGGUGGUCAAAUGGUGUCCGAUUGAGCUGAAAUUUUGUCAGUAGUCAAAGUACUCAUAUAUCUACUUGCCUACUAAAAUUUGUGCCUAGUGGACCUGUGGUUUGUGAGAUAUGAACUAAUUACCAAAGGGGACAGAAUCUGUUACUUCUCCGUUUGACAGCAUUCAUUCCUCUUGUUAUAUAGUUGUGGUUGUUGUUAUUGAUGCUAAGUUUGCAUCAUGGUAAAUGUGUUGUUGCUGGUGUAAUCCUCUAGAGGUCCUAGAGAAGACUUCUUGUAACUAUUUGUUGAUUAUAGUGGAAGCUUGGAGUAGGCCGAUUGGUCCCGUGCGUUUUUACUCGUCA